UCCUCUGGCUCUGCGGGCGAGUGUUGCGUAAAGGAGUGGCACAGGAUGCGUUUAAAUAGCCGCGCUCACAAACUUUCACGCAUCACAAGUCCUUCAGCUCUGCACACUGGUUUUGCGCUUCGUGAAGAUGCGUUGCGCAGUUUCCAAUCUGCACGUGCUGCUCUCCCCCGUCCUCGCGCUGUGGAUCACGGUUCUCCAGGGAUUCAGACCUGCGGAUGCUGCCCCUAACCCCUCUCCCCUCCUGGGCUCCAGCUGGGGGAACCCGCGGAGGUACAUCCACCUUCAGACCACCUCGGACUUAAACAACUUCUACUUGGAGAUCAGCCCGAACGGACAUGUGCGCAAAACUACAAACCGGGGGUCCUACAGUGUUAUUUUAUUGAAAGCAGAGAGCAGAGACCGUCUGGCAAUAUUUGGAGUGAAAAGUAACCUAUUUUUGUGCAUGGACGCAGGAGGAACUCUUUACACAUCUACUGUUUGCAACAAGGAAGACUGUCUUUUUCACCACAAACUUUUGGAAAACCAUCGUGACGUUUAUUACUCCACCAAUCAUGGCAUACUGCUUAACCUGGACGGGGCGAAACAGGUGUUCAUAGCGGGACAAAACCUCCCUCAGUCCUCUCUCUUUUUAUCCGAGAAAAACACUGUUCCACUGGAGCGCCUGCAGCACCGGGAGAGGAGGAACCGGCAGGUGAAUCCAUCAGACCCGCUGAACGCGCUCCGGUACGGAGAGGCGUCAGACUCCAGAGCUGCCCAAGAGGACGAUGGGGACACAGACUCUGAGCCGUCAGAGGGUCGAAACAUCUCCAGGGAGACUCUGGUUUCUCCUUCCGAUGAUGACCCGUGGGAUCUUCUUCAAGACACGAGCCCCGGCAGUCCCCGGGUUUCAGCAGUUGUUGGAUAAAGUUACAGAUCCUCCAUGGCGUGACUGUUGAACCGCAAAGUUAGUGUGGCACCAUAAUAUUUUCAUCAUAAAUAAGUGUUUUUAAGGACAUAUAUUUCAAACCAACUUCACUUGUACGCUCUUAAAAAUAAAGGUUCCAAAAUAAAGUUUUUUAUUUUUCUUAUAAAAAAUUUUCCACUUCAAAGAACCUUUGUGCGAUAUAAAGGUUCCAUGAAAGUCCAUGGAACUAUCAGUAGGCCUACCAAUAAAGAGCCUUUAUUUUUAAAAGUAGAAAUCUACAGAUUAUUUAGGCUGUCGUGUAUCUCCAUCUCACCAAACCUGAAAAACCUACUUUGUUCUUUGUACUAGUUUUUUCUCCUGCCACCACAAAUUUGUCUUUGGUGCUGGACACCACCUGUGGACGAAAAUGGUCAAACAAAGAAAAUAUUUAUUUAUUUAAUGAAUUAAAUAUGUUUAAUUUAUGGUAUUUAUAUGUUUGCUUUAAAGGUUAGAUGUGCA